AAGAAAAUAUUGUAAGUGUCAACCUUGAACAAAUUUUUAGGAACUAAAAUUCAUCAACACAAUAUACCUGUGAAAAUCCCAUUAAAGCAAAGUCUUAAUUUCUCAGAAAAGGGUCUGGGCACAGUCUCACUCAUUCCUCACACCAAAAUGGUUUUCAAUUCCAAUUCCUUGAAGCUAUUGAGCCGAGUCAGUUUCCACAAACUCCACUCGCACACAGCAUUUCCAAGGAACUCAAAUCACAACGCCGUCGACGACGUCGCCGCCGCAAUCUGCGACUCCUUCAGAAGACGACGGAGCUGGGACGCCGUCAGCCGCAAGUUUGGCUCCCUCGAGUUAAACGAUUCGUUAGUAGAGCAGGUCCUCUUGGAGCUCAAAGACCCAAACGACGCCAAAACCGCUCUCAGCUUCUUCCACUGGUCCGCCAAAACGCACCGUUUCAACCACGGCGUUCGCUCUUACAGCAUCGCCAUCCACGUUCUAGUCAGAGCCGGUUUAAUCACCGACGCUCGCGCAUUGCUCGAAUCACUCGCGGCCAAGAACCGCGAUCCCGGUGCGGUUCGUGCGGUUACCGACUCGCUGAUCGACGCGGUUGGUUUUGUCUCCGGUUCGCACCGUCCGGUGCUUGACCUCUUGGUCCAGACCUACGCGAAGAUGAGGCUCACGGAGGCUGCGUUCGACGUUUGCUGUAACGUCGAAGCGCGAGGGUUUCGCGUGAGCCUCGCGAGUUUUAAUUCUGUGUUACACGUUCUUCAGAGAUCUGAUAGGGUGUCGUUGGUUUGGGAUGUUUACGAGCACAUGAUUCGUGGAAGGAAUUACCCUAAUGCGGUUACUUUGAAAAUCAUGAUUGAUGCUCUUUGCAAGGAGGGGCUUCUGCAGCGGAACGUGGACGCUUUGGAUCGAAUCAUGGGGGAAAGGAAAAGGAGUUCGCAUUCGCCUUCUGCGAUUGUCAAUUCGAGCUUGAUAUUGAGAAUGGUAGAGAAAGGGCACUUGGUGGAAGAGGAGGGAAAGCGCGAGCGUGUGGCGGUCAUGGUGGUUACAUUGUUGAAGAGGCUGUUACAACAGAAUUUGGUUCCUGAUUCGGUUGGUUACUCUUUGAUUGUUCAUGCCAAGGUUAGGCUGGGGAGUUUGGAUUCUGCAUUGGAGAUGUAUGAGGAAAUGGUGAUGAGUGGUUUUGAGCCUAAUUCUUUUGUCUACACAUCGUUCACAGGAGGGUUUUGCAAGGAGGGACGGAUUGAUGAAGCCAUGGAACUAAUGCGGGGAAUGGAAGGAAGGGGAUUGAAGCCUUACGGUGAGACGUUCGAUCAUGUUAUCAUUGGUUGCGCGGCGGGUUCUGGAAGGUUGGAGGAGUGUUUGGGUGUUUUUGAGGCAAUGUUGGGUGCUGGGUUUAUUCCUAGUUGUUUGUCAUUUGAUAAGAUGGUAGAGAAGCUCUGUGAGAACCGGGAUGUGGAGCAGGCAAAUGCGAAUUUGACAAGGUUGUUAGACAAAGGGUUCUUGCCUGGUGAGACUACUUACUCUCUUUUGAUCAAGGGCUAUGCCGCAAAGGGUGAGGUUCAGGAGGUUCUCAAGCUGUAUUAUGAAAUGGAGUACAAGUCCAUGUGCCCUGGAUUGUCGGUUUUCACCUCGGUAAUUCAGUGUUUGUGCCGUUGUGGAAAGCUUGAAGAUGCAGAAAAGUAUCUAAAGACGAUGAAAAGUCGUUUGCUAACACCAGAUGUGGCUAUAUACGAGACAAUGAUUGCCAGUCAUGAGCAGAAAGGCAACAAUGCCAGGGUUCUUCAGCUUUGCAAUGAAAUGGCUUCUUUGGAGUUGUAAUUUAGGGAGGAUAUCCCUGGCUCAUUAUUAGAAAAUCACUUACUCUGGGCUUAUAGCUUUGAGCAUGAAAGAGGUGAGGGUAGAAAGCCUUUCUAAAGCUAGUGGUUGCUGUUUUCCUGAAAAAGAAUGUAAGUAAUACCAGGCUUGUUAAUAGCGCUAUAGCGGCGCAAUAGCCUAUAGCGUAGCGGCCUGGGGGUUCACUGCUACUCCACUAUUCACCGCUAUUUGCGCUAUUCUCCGCUAUAGUGCCGCAAUAGCGCUCGAAAUAGCGUUUUUAGGGCUUGCUGCUACACUACGCUAUCCGCCAUUAACAACCCUGCACACUCUGUUUUGCGCUUUUUCGAAUAAGUUUAUUUUUUAAAAUAGUCAAUUUAGUUUUGUCUUAAUUGAUUGCUUCCUGAAAACGUAUUGACUUAUUAUGAAAUGAACAAGUUUUAAAGAGUGUGUUCAAGAGUGUGGAAUGGGCUGAUGAGUAUAAAUUACAUCUUGUGCAGAUGCUUUUUCAAUUGUCUCUUGUAUUACUUUCCUAAUUUAAAAUUGUCUUUUGGGGGGGGGGGGGGGGGCGUUGUUUCGUACAUUGGGGAGAAAAUGUAAUGUUUGACUUGACACAGAUAAGGAAGGGAGGUUUUGAGGCUUUCAACAUUAAAAAUGUAGUGUUUGCUCGCAGUAUUUUCCUUGAAAUUUCUUGCCUCCAUCUGAUUUUUGAUGUAACUUGCAGUUCUAUAUUUUUGCUGUGGUUGAGGCCUUAUUAUUAUAGUGUUGUGACAGCCUGCAAUUUUCAUGGGGAUCAGAUCUCUUGAUGGUUGUCUUUAAAAAGCAACCUUUUCUUGUCAUAAACAUAGUAUUUGUCCUGUGUCCUUUUAAUAUGUUAUUGUCAUGCUAUUGUUGAUGCAGAAGUUAGGUUGGGAAAUUUGAGUUCUGCCUAUGAUGAGAGGUUUUUAGCCAAAUUCUUUCAUGUACACAUCAUUUAUAGGAGUAUUUUUCCAUGAGGUACAAAUUGAAGAAGCCGUUGAGUUGAUAUAGGAAAUGGAAGGAUAGGCUUUGAAGGCUUAUGGUGAGACUUUCCAUCAUGUUGUUGGAUGCAUGAAUUCAGGAUGGUUGGAGGAGUGCUUGAGUUUUUUCAAGAAAAUGUAGUGCUGGGUACUUACUUCCCUUUAUUUGCCAUUUCAUAAAGAUGGUGGAGAAGCUGUGCCAGAAUGAACUGUGGAGCAGGCAAAUGUAAUGUUGACAAUGUUAUUAGAUAAAAGGGUUAUUGUCUAGUGACGUGACUUACUCCCAUUUGUUACGUGAUUAUGCCACAAAGGUGAGGUUCAGGAAGUUCUCAAGCUAUAUUAAAAAUUGAUUUCAGGUUUCUGCGCCCCUUGGUUUUCUGUUUUCGCAUGGAUAAUUCAGUGUCUGUGCCAGCUCAAGAAUGCAGAAAUGUGUUAAGGAUCAUGAACGGUCGUUUCUAGCCCCAGAUGUGACUGUGUACAUAUGACAUAUUCAAUACCGGCCACACGUGCAGAAGGGCAACCGUGCCCUUUGGUGCCAGAAAGAGGUGAAGCUGCUCUGGAAGAACUGAAUGCUGCACCAAGAGAAUGUUAGCAACUUGUCGAAAUGGGCUGAUAUGUAUAAAUUAUUACAUCUGAUGCAGGUGCCUUUCAAUUAUUCUUUUCUUUGUAUUAUUUUCCUCAUUUAACUGUUGUUUAUGGGAAACUAGAUUCAAAGAUUGUGGAGAAAAUGUUAAUGUCUGUCUCCAUACAGAUAAAGGAGGGUUUAGAGGUCUGAACAUAUUGAGUUUCCAACAGUAGAAGCUGGCAUAUAAAACAAGCUUUUCAAUUA